GCAAGUAGAACGUCUAAGUUCAGUAACAAAACUGUUUUUUGAUAUAAUAAUAAUAAACUAGGAAAGCAAUGAAUAACAUUAUAUUUCUUAGUUUUUUCCUUGUACUAAAGAGUGAAGUAUUUGGAUUUCGCUGUGACCGACGGCCAUACGGAUCUAUUUCCAAACCUUCAGCGGCUGAUGGGCGAUUCAAACUGACAGUGAUCGGUGCUGAAGAUACUUACAUGCCUGAUCAGUUAUAUACAGUUCAAAUAACAUCAACUGAUGCUGUGUCAAGGUUCACUGGCUUCAUGAUAUCAGCGGACGGCGCAACUAAACCUGAUCCAAGUAACCCCAGACGCAUGAUAGCUUUCUUCCCCGGUCAUCUCCGACCACAAGACUUGAUUUCUGCAAAAUUUAGCGACCGAUGUUUGUAUUCCGUUGAACAUGCUAUAGCGUCGCCUAAAACAUCUGUUGAGGUGUAUUGGCAAGCUCCCGAAUCAGGCAAUGGCUGUGUCACAUUACGCGCUAUGGUAGCAGAGACAGAUGAGGUGUGGUUUGAAGACGGUCCGCCGUUAACACAGCGGCUUUGUGAAGAUAUGAGGCAGCCGGAUGACGUCACACCACAGCUCAACUACGACUGCCAGAUCUGUGACGAAGCCAAAUACGAGAUCGCGUUCACAGGCAUCUGGUCAAGGAACACACAUCCUCGUUUAUAUCCUGAGAAGGAAUGGGAGCCGCGGUACAGCGACUUGGUAGGAGCGUCCCACGCUAUUGACUGCACAUUGUGGGCACCCGGCGCUCUCGCUUCUGACGGCUUUAAAGAACUUGCGGAACACGCCAAUACUAGCAGAUUCGAAGGGGAAAUUCGUGAACAAAUUAGCAGUUGCGUCCGCACGAUGGUGAAAGGUAAAGGUCACGGUUAUCCAAAGAUGAACAAUCCGACAUACGCAUUCAUCCGGGCUGACAAGAGAUACCACUUGAUCAGUGUGGCUGUUGGCAUCCAUCCCUCUCCCGACUGGUUCCUCGGCGUGACGCGGUUUGAACUCUGCCAGAAUGACAACACCUGGGUCAAAGAAAGGGAACUAAAUUUGUUUCCGUGGGAUGCGGGAACUGAUAGUGGUGUAUCUUAUGAGUCAAUGAAUAUCGCAACGUUUCCCCAAGAUGUGAUAUCCCGAGUUCAGAUGAGUUCAUUCGACAAGAACUCACCAUUCUACGAAACUGAUAUGAAAGAACUGCAUCCGUUCGGGAGAUUAAGAAUCAAAUUAGUGCGGACUUACCAUAAGGAAUGCGAGGAAGAGGGUAAAGAUGAAACUACCGUAACAGAGGAGGAAAAGUCUACUACGGAAGAUGUAACAUCGACAACAACAGAGGUGACGACGACGGAAACAGAGGCGGAUACAGAAGAGCCGAGUCCGUCGGAGCCCGAUGCGCCCUCCAGGUACCAAAACACACAGCUAGGUAGCGGCGAGCGCGCCCGUGAGACACCAGUAGUGACGGACCCUGAAUCGCCGGAGGACUGUCCGAUGUCGCAGUGGCAGGAGUGGAGCGAAUGUGAAGGGGAAUGUAUCAACGGUCAGAUCGUCGGCUACAGAUGGCGAGAGAGGUACCAUUUGGUGGACGGAAUCGCUGUGGAGAAAUAUGACCCACAUGCCAAACACAAAGUGACGAAGGAAGUACCUAGAUUCUGUAAGCUUCAUUACGACACAUUUGAAAGAGAAGAGUGCGAAGAUAAAUGUUCUGAUGAUUUCUCUAUUGAAGAGCCAACGGUUGAGCGGCAUGUCAUGGAGCCAAUAGCCCCUGGCUAUCCCUGGCAGUCGAAGAAAAGGAAUGCAUUCAAAUUUCAUUGAAAAUAUUAUUUAAUUUUGUAAUUAUUAUUGUGGCAUAUUAUGU